GCGGAACUAUUGUUAUUACUACGUUCAUAGGGGGAGCGUUAUUGUGUAGCUACGGAGAAGGUAAGGACCGUGCAAGGACAUUGCGAGAAACAAACAUGUAUAGAUUUUUAUCCCGGACCGUUUGUGUGACACGAAACCACUCACUUUGUGUCUACGAGGGUCAUGUAUUUUCAGCCAAAUACGACAACGUUUCUAGGGUAUUAACUGGAGUUGGAGUAAACCCUCUCAGCACAUGCUCAGUCAGAUGCUGUGAAAAGAAAGACAAUGCAAUCCCCUCUAAUCAAGAUGAGGCAACAAAUGUGGAUACUCCAGCAAAGAUUACCCAACUACAGGAGGAGACAGAGAAGGUGAAGGCAACUGAUAGAGAUAGCAUGCAACAGCACAGCAAUGUUAAAGUUGAACAGUUCUUGUCAAAGUCAUCACAAGUAAACACUGAUGGAGCUAAAAGUGGGAAGGAGAGUCUUUUGGACCUCCUUGGAGCCAUGAAGGUUCAAGUUACCAGUAAAAAAAGGCUCAAAAACCUGAAGCCGAAGCAAAGUCUUGAAUCGGCUGCAGCAGCCAUGGAGAGCACGUCGAGUAUGUUUCAAAAGGCAACAGUGCAAGCUUCAGCACAGAGUGAAGCAUUGGAUCCUGAUCUGGUCGCAGCAGCAUCUGCUGCAGCCUCCACCCUUCCUAAUCGCAGCGAGGCGGAGUCAGAGCUGCUGAAACAGCUGAGGCAGCGCAAACUUCUCACAGAAGCUCAGAAAAAAGGCGACGUCAACAAUCUUGGAGUUCUUUUAGCUGACAUGAAAGUAGGAAAGAGGUCUGGUCGGCAGAAUGCUUGGCCUACUGACCAGAUCCGAUUUGACGAUGAUGGACAAGGAUACGUACGUGACAGAGGAAUUACCAGUGAGCUGGCCAAUGUUCAGAAAAGGAGGAAUAUUUUUCCGGCAAAAAGACUUAAUAUCUUCUCUCAAACCACUGAUGAACAGGGAGAUGAAUCAGCACUUGCUAAGCCGACCCUGUGGGACAUAGAGUUCGCCAAUGAGUUAUCUCUGUUAACCAACCAAAAGCCACGUAACGGGUUUGAGGAAAUGAUCCAGUGGACCAAAGAGGGAAAACUGUGGCAGUACCCGAUUAACAAUGAAAUCGGCCUUGAAGAUGAAGCCAGUGUCCCGUUCCAUGAGCACGUCUUCUUAGAGAAACACUUAGAGGACGGCUUCCCCCGUCAGGGGCCUGUGCGUCACUUCAUGGAGCUGGUUGUGACUGGUCUGGCUAAAAACCCCUACUUGACCGUUGAGCAGAAGAAGGAGCACAUUUCCUGGUUUAGAGACUAUUUUCAUCAAAAGGAGGAGGUUCUUAACGAAGCUGAUGUGUAUCUAAACUAAACCCAAGAGGUUUCCCAUAUUUGCUGGACAUAAAAGUACAAAAAUGGGACAUCAUUUUUCUCAGCAAGGCUUUGCUGCCUUUGUUCAUCCUUGCACUUGUGUACAUUCACAGGUUCUAAACAAGAAGUUACAAGUUUUUCCUCUGAAGAGCAGUUAGUGUGGACUCAUACAACUUCCUUUGAAAUGGCUGCAUACAACUCUUAUUUUUACUUCUUCUUUUUUUUGUUAAAUGUGUCACGUCGUAUUCUAUUAAAAUAUGUCAUGAAACCACA